CCAUUCGUUUCUCCUACAAACUUUUCCAAUUGGCUUCACCCGCCUCUUUCAUGUCGGUACUUUUUCCAACGUAAAUUAUAUUAUAUUUAACAUUAAAUAAAUUAUAAGUGUUCAUUCAACACACAACAUGGCUUCGUCUGAUGUUGCUCGACAGGGGGAAAGAAAUGCUCGUCCUUUAUCUCUGUCUGGUCAUGUUGGAUUUGACAGCUUACCAGAUCAGCUGGUCAAUAAAUCCACCAGUCAGGGCUUCUGCUUCAACAUCCUCUGCAUAGGUGAGACGGGUAUUGGGAAGUCCACUUUGAUGGACACGCUGUUCAACACCAACUUCGAGAACUUUGAGUCGUCUCACUUUGAGCCACGCGUCAAGCUCCGUGCCCAGACGUAUGACCUUCAGGAGAGCAACGUGCGUCUCAAGCUCACCAUCGUCAACACGGUGGGGUUUGGAGACCAGAUGAACAAACAAGAUAGCUACCAGCAUGUGGUGGAUUACAUCGACACACAGUUCGAGUCCUACCUGCAAGAAGAGCUGAAGAUCAAGCGCUCACUGCAUAACUACCACGACUCGCGCAUCCACGCCUGUCUGUACUUCAUCGCCCCGUCCGGACACUCGCUGAAAUCCCUCGACCUCGUCACCAUGAAGAAACUGGACAGCAAGGUGAACAUAAUCCCCGUCAUCGCGAAGGCCGACACCAUCUCUAAGAGCGAGCUGCACAAGUUUAAGAUUAAGAUCAUGAGCGAGCUGGUGAGCAACGGCGUGCAGAUCUACCAGUUCCCCACUGACGACGAGACCGUCUCCAAGAUCAACAGCGCCAUGAAUGGUCACCUGCCGUUUGCAGUGGUGGGAAGCACAGAGGAAGUGAAGAUUGGGAAUAAGAUGGUGAAAGCGCGACAGUACCCCUGGGGUGUGGUACAAGUGGAGAACGAGAACCAUUGUGAUUUUGUGAAGCUGCGGGAGAUGCUGAUCUGUGUGAACAUGGAGGACCUGCGGGAGCAGACGCACACGCGCCACUACGAGCUCUACAGACGCUGCAAACUGGAAGAGAUGGGCUUUAAGGACACAGACGCUGACAGCAAACCAGUCAGCCUGCAGGAGACGUACGAGGCAAAGCGUCAGGAGUUUCUGCUGGAGCUGCAGAGGAGGGAGGAGGAAAUGAGGCAGAUGUUUGUCCUGCGUGUUAAAGAGAAAGAAACGGAACUGAAGGAGGCCGAGAGAGAGCUCCAGGGCAAGUUUGAGCAGUUGAAGCGUUUGCAUGCUGAUGAGAAGAGCAAGCUGGACGAGAAGAGGAAGACUCUAGAGGACGAGAUGAACUCCUUCAGUAAGAAGAAAACCGCAGCUGAGCUCCUGCAGGGUCAGUCGUUCAGCUCCAACUCUAACCUGAAGAAGGACAAAGACCGCAAAAACUCUGGAUUCAUGUAACGAAGCUGCAUUUGAAGACGUUUCCACCCAUCCUGAAAAAAAAUGACUAUUAUCCAGCUAGUGUGUAUCUUUUUCUUUCAUGUUUUUUAUUAUUCGAGUAUAUCAGCAGGACUGCUGCGUGUAUCAUUUAUAUAACAGUCUCUCUUUAUGUCUCUCUUUAUGUUUCCUUCACUGGUUUUUUUUUUUUUUUGUUAAUGUAGGAAUUGAGGAUGGUCACUAGGGGGCGUCGAGACUGUAAGUUUUGUAUGUGGGGAUCAAAGUGCCUUUAGAAAUGUGCCUUAGUCCAGGAUUUAAAACAAGAUUGGACAUAAAUUCAGAAGCAGUGAACAAAACGAGGCGCUUCAGAGAUUUACCCGAGAAAGGUUUAAGAAUGUGGACUUGACUCAGUUCAGUCUGGAACUAGAAAUACCCAAAAAAAAAAAAAAAAAAAAAAAAAAGAUUCCUGAAUGCUUUUUUUUUCCUAUAUAUAUUUUUCUAAAUAUUUUUGUGACCAAAAGAUCACAAUAAACAACUUCCACUGUU